CUGCUGGGCUUCAUCUACGCCUGCUACGUCAUCAGUGUCAUCACAGAGGAGGAGGACAGCUUUGAUUUUAUUGGUGGAUUUGACCCAUUCCCACUCUACCAUGUCAAUGAGAAACCAUCUCAUCUUCUGUUAAAGCCUGUGCCUCAGUCUUCGUAAAUGAAAAAGUGUGAUGAAGAGCAUCUGCUCUGGCCAUUCCUCCUCUCAGUUCCUCUCUCCUAAAACACUGUCUCAUCAUCCUCAAUCAGCCCUUCCUGCUUUAGACAGAAUUGGAGAACCAGCUCCCUGAUUUCCAGCUCUGGACAAAACGCAGCCGCUCCGACACACUCUUCCACAGUGGCUGCAAAGCAUAUCUAAACAGAAAGCUCUAGUGUUUUGAAGGGUGUUGUGCGUGUGUGUGGUCCAUGCUUUUGAGUUUGUUCACAUGUUGUGGUUCACUGAGUUCCAGCUCUGUAUGUAUGUGUGUGUGUGUGUGUGAGGUCAUUGUGUGCUGUUUACUUUCACUCAGGAUUUGCACAAUAAAAACGGA